UUUCAACUUCAACCUUAAAAUUUUGGUCUCCCAAGACCCCACUUCUUCACUUUCAAGUCACCAUCUUCCCCCUACCUGAGGUCGCUCUCUUGCUUGCUGCAACCCAAAAAAGAAAGAAGAAGAAGAAAAUAUAUUCCUUCUCCUCCUCCUGUCCUUUUUCACUCAGAUCCUCCUUCUACACACUCGGGUUUUCAACUCCUAUACAGAUCAUAUUCCUGCAUCGGAAACUAUGGCUGCUUCAGGAAACCCAAAUCAAGCUAUCUCCUUUGACGUCCAGAAAUUAUUCAAACCCACUGGAACACCAAACCCAUCUCUGCCGGUGACAAGCCCACACCCACCACCUGACCCUUCUUUUUCUACGUCUUCCUCUUCCUUUCCCCCGUCUUCUCCUCGGUUUUUUCAUCCUCAGUACCAACAAUUCUACAUGCCUCCUUCGACCACCCCCACCGCCCUCCACAAUUUCCUUGUUUCGUCUCAAGUUGCUAAAUCCGUGUCUUACCCUUCACCGCCGCUGAAUCCUUUCAAUGCAGGCAAUCAAAUUCUCGCCCUCAUCAACUCUUCUCCGCAAAACCCAGAAUUCCCGCAUCGACCACACCAGCAGCUACCUCCACCGGAAUUUAUGUAUCAUGGAGGUGCAAAUGUGGGUCCCUUCAGGGUGCCGAGUGGCAAGCUACCCAGGGGAAGGCGCCUGGCUGGCAGCCAUGUCACGUAUGACGUGGACGUGAGAAUUCUCGGGGAGGUCAAGCCUCAGCUCGAGGUCACGCCGAUAACCAAGUACGGUUCUGACCCCCAGCUGGUGUUGGGGAGGCAGAUUGCGGUCAAUGAGUCCUACAUUUGUUAUGGACUUAAAGGAGGGAACAUUCGUAUUCUUAACAUGAACACCGCCCUGAGAUCAUUGCUCCGUGGGCACACACAGAGGGUCACGGACAUGGCUUUCUUUGCUGAGGAUGUUCAUCUUUUGGCUAGUGUGAGCUUGGAAGGAUGUGUUUAUGUAUGGAAGAUAACUGAAGGCCCAGAUGAAGUAGACGAAUCACGAAUUUCAGGGAAGAUUGCUAUUGCUGUUCAAAUAUUAGGAGAUGAAGAAUAUGUGCACCCACGAGUUUGUUGGCACAAGCACAAACAAGAAGUUUUGGUGGUGGCUACUGGAAAGUGUGUUCUGAGAAUUGAUACUACAAAAGUUGGGAAGAAUGAAGUCUUUUCAUCUGAUACGGCUCAACCACUCCAAUGUUCCAUUGACAAGUUGAUUGAUGGGAUCCAGUUGGUUGGUAAACAUUAUGGAGAAGUGACUGAUUUGUCCAUGUGCCAAUGGAUGGCCACCCGAUUGGUUUCUGCAUCCACAGAUGGCACGAUAAAAAUAUGGGAAGACCACAAAGCAGUCCCACUAGUGGUGUUGAGACCACAUGAUGGUCAACCUGUUUAUUUGGCCUCAUUCUUGACUGCUCCUCACCGUCCAGACCACAUUAUACUCAUAACAGGGGGACCACUAAAUCGUGAAGUCAAAAUUUGGGCCUCAGGAAGUGAAGAAGGUUGGCUACUUCCAAGUAAUGCCGAUUCUUGGACCUGCACCCAGACAUUGGUCUUGGAGAGUUCUGCUGAAUCUCGAGUUGAGGAGGCAUUUUUUAACCAAGCUUUAGCAUUGUCUCAAGCAGGCCUUGUCUUACUUGCAAAUGCUAAGAAGAAUGCUAUAUAUGCUGUACACUUGGAGUACGGUUCCUGUCCAGCAGCAACACAUAUGGAUUAUAUAUCAGAAUUUACAGUUACCAUGCCUAUUUUGAGUUUUACUGGGACAAGUGACCCUCCUGAUGAACACAUUGUCAAGGUUUAUUGUGUUCAGAUACAGGCUAUUCAGCAAUACGAUUUAGAGUUAUGCCAGUGCAUUCCACCACCACUGGAGAAUGUGGGUUUGGAGAAGUCAAAUUCCAGUCUUUCACAUGAUGUAACUAUCUCUGAAGGCCAUACUGCUUUUAACCUGUCUGGAAGUGGAUCUUCUGAAUUGCUCCAACCUGAUAGAGUUCCCAAACCAUGUACACAAGUAGCUAGCUCUGAAAAUUCAACAGUAGUUAGGUGUCCGCUGCCCUCUGCUUCUACUGAGUCAACUGGUGCACAGGAAUUUAAUACUUUGAAUAUUGUUUCAAAACCUGCUUCUUUGGCAUCAGCAACAAGUGAUGCUGAUAUUGCUUCUGUUGCACCACCACCUCUUCCUCCUAGUCCCAGUUUUUCUAUGAAACUCUCUGGUUUUCAUAGUCCAAGAAAUAGCUUUGAGCCAGCUUCACAGUUCAGUGAGCAUGUUGUAAACCAGCCAGUCACUGAUUAUUCAGUUGACCGGCAAAUGGACACCAUUCAAGCAAAUUUGUGUGCUGUGUCUUUUCCAGAUGUUGGUUCAAGGAUCAAUGAGAAGAAAAAAGCAUCAGAUGAUAUGCCUAGUCCACAUAAUCCUCCAAUUAUUUUUAAGCAUCCAACACAUCUAGUGACUCCUUCAGAGAUAUUGAUGGCUGCUUCAUCGUCUGAAGCUAAUAGUAAAACUGAGGGAGAAUCAAACAUACAUGACUUGGUUGACAAAAGUGAUGUGAUCAAUGCUGAGGUGGAGUUAAAAGUAGUGGGUGAGGCAAGAUCUCAAAAUGAUGAAUUUGGUUCCAAGGGAGAAUCUCAAAACCUCAGGACCGAAAAUAGAGAAAGACUCUUUUGCUCUCAGGCAUCAGGCCUUGGCAUUCAGAUGGCCAGAGAGUCCUGUGGAUUAUCAGGGGACUCAUAUAUCAUGGAGAAAUCCAGGCAAAUAGGUGCUGGUGCAUCAGAACCACUUGCUCAACCUCUUGUUGUAGAGGAAGAAACCCAUGAUACCAGAAAAGAUGUGACUGGAAAACAAUCACCAGCACCAAGUACAAAAGGGAAAAAGCAGAAGGGGAAGAUAUCUCAUGCAGCUGGUCAAUCUUCACCAUCCUCAGGUGUUUUUAACUCAGCAGAAGUGGAUUCUUCCAUUGAACCAGGGAAGAGUUCGAAUCUGCCUUCCACUGAUUCUGCAUUUCCUCAGAUUUUGGUUAUGCAGGGGAUGCUUAAUCAGCUAAUGACCAUGCAAAAGGAUAUGCAAAAACAAAUGUCGAAUAUAGUUAACCUUCCUGUUACAAAAGAAGGACGAAGAUUAGAGGUGUCUCUAGGGCGUAGCUUUGAGAAAGCUAUCAAGGCCAAUGCUGAUGCACUAUGGGCUCGUUUCCAGGAAGAUAAUGCAAAGAAUGAGAAGUUAUCACGAGACCGUGCACAGCAAAUAUCCAAUUUGAUCAAUAACUUUGUAAACAAGGACCUGGCGGUCAUGUUAGAGAAAGUGGUAAAGAAGGAACUAGCUGCUGUUGGACAAGCUGUAACUCGUGCACUUACUCCUGCUAUAGAGAAAACAAUAGCUUCAUCCAUUGCUGAGUUCUUCCAGAAAGCAGUCGGAGAUAAGGUAGUGAAUCAGCUAGAAAAAUCAGUUAAUUCAAAGCUUGAAGCUACAGUUGCCAGACAAAUUCAAGCACAAUUCCAAACUUCUGGCAGGCAAGCUCUCCAGGAUGCUUUGAAGUCUGGUAUUGAAGUUUCAGUGAUCCCUGCCUUUGAGAUGUCAUGUAAAGCAAUGUUUGAGCAAGUGGACACUGCAUUCCAGAAAGGCAUGAUAGAACAUACAAAUGCAGCCCAGCAACACCUCGAGUCUGCACAUUCAUCAUUGGCACAUGUUUUAAGGGAUUCCAUAAAUUCUGCAUCAUCAAUUACUCAAACUUUAAGUGGAGAAUUGGCUGAUGCUCAACGGAAUCUCUUGGCUCUUGUAGCAGCUGGAGCAAGCUCAAAUGCAGUCAGUCCCAUGGUUUCCCAAAUCAGCAACGGACCCUUGAGUGGUCUCCAUGAAAAGGUUGAGGUGCCUCUGGAUCCAACAAAAGAGCUUUCAAGAUUGGCAUCUGAACGCAAAUAUGAGGAAGCUUUCACUAUUGCCCUACAAAGAAGCGAUCUCUCUAUUGUAUCCUGGUUAUGUUCACAGGUUGAUCUACGUGCAAUUUUAACAAUAGUUCCUCUUCCGUUGAGCCAAGGAGUACUGAUUUCCCUUCUGCAGCAGUUGGCUUGUGAUGUCAACAAGGAGACAUCACAAAAACUUGGGUGGAUGACAGAAGUGGCUGCUGCAAUAAACCCAGCAGACCAGAUGAUUGCAAUGCAUGUGCACCCUAUCUUCGAUCAAGUCUAUAAGAUACUGCAUCACCUACACAGCUCACCAAUGAUUACUGGAGCUGAACAUUCCAGUAUUCGCCUUCUGAUGCACGUCAUCAACUCAGUACUGUUGACCUGCAAAUGAUGGUGGUACAAAAGAUACAACACGAUGGCUUUUGAUGUAUAAAUUUCAGGUGGUUAUGAAAGGGGGGCCCUAGUGAUGGGGUGUACAUGUGGGAAAGAGGGUCACCAUUUCCAGUUAGUUGAUAGUGUUAAUUCUAUUUUUCUGCCAUUUUGUGUGAAUAGUCUUUGUAUACCCUAUAGUUGUCAAACCCCAAGCCCCCCUAAUGAGGCAGGAGUUGAAAUAUCUGUUUCAUAGUUCAUACUCUACAUUUCUUAG